GAGUAUAAGAGGAGGUAACGGGGGUGAGAGAGAAGGGGCAGGAAAGGAACUCACGAAAUCCAAAGACAUUCAGGAAUUAGUUAACAAAUCAACAUCAGUUCCUGCCACGACGUCCAUAAUUACUACUGUUGAACCAUCCUGUGGCAUUGCAAGAACUGUGCCGACUACUUCUAUCCCAGUUAGUAUGGACAACGACAAUAAUAUUAAUAGCAUUAAUAAUAUUGAUGAUUCAACGGCGAAAAAGCAAAAGACAAAAUUUGUGGUUGGAACUGAGGGAACUUUUGAUAAUGAAAGUGGUAGUAGUAGCUUUGGUGGUGUUGGAGAAGAUAAUAAUGAUGAUGAUCAAAAUGAUGAGAUUACAGAUCCAAAGAGUAAUAAUCAGAUAUUAAAAUCAUCUCGGGAUAUUGAUAGUAACGAAGAAGUUUUACCACAACCCUCAACAACUUCAGCACCUUCACAACUACCACCAAAUGAAAUGAUUGAAUCACAUCGAGACUCAAAAUCUAAGUUUAUUAAACCUUAUCCCAGUGAAGAAAUCGAGAAAGUAGUCACCAAAAAAGAAAAAGCAAGAUUAUCGCAAGAACAGCAAAAUCCUGAUGAAAUCAAUAAUACUCGAGAAACAUUAAUCAAAGAAGACAAUCAUAAUGAUGAUGUUGAUGAAAUUGAAGCAAGGGAAGAAAAAGGUUCAUCUUCAAAAGAUAUCGACGCAGCUGAAUCAUCAAAAUCAAGAUUACCUGACCAAGAAGAUGCACCCACCAGAAACGAGAAUCCUGCUGCAAUCCCAGAAAUUACAUUACAAAAUGUUUUUCAGCCUCAUCCAAAAUUCGUGGCUACUAAUACAGUUUCAAUGUCCUCGGAUGUAACUCCAAUUGUUUCACCUAAUAAUCCAACAACAGAGCAUAUACAUGAUGCUUCAUUAGUAACAGAAACAGCAAUCUACAAUAAUACCAAUAAUAGAAAUCUAGCAUCAGUUUAUCCGACUCCUAUCGAUUUGCCACCUCAAUUUCGUGACGAGACAACAAAUUCAACAACACCACCUUUUUCCGAAUAUUUCGCUCCAAAUUUUGUCUCCGAGGAUACUUCGUCCCCCAUCACUUAUACUUCUGAUCCUCUUGAAUAUCCUCACCAACCUCGUUAUCCACCGUCAACUGGAAUUUCACGUACACAACAAAAAUUGAUGCUUCAACGACAACAUUUUCUUGCAGACGAUGAGAAUUUCCUAAUUCAUCCACGUAAUCAAUUACGAUUGACCAAAGUGAUUGAAAGGAUAAAUAGGGAACACGCUUCCAUAUUGUUAUAUCGUGAUCCAGUUAUGGAAAGUAUACAGAGAGUAAUGGGGAAAUAUGCGAGGAAUCAUCCAGAAGUGUUGGACGAAGAUUUUGGCGCAUCUUACGACGAUAAUAAAGAUUGGGAAAGGAAUAAAAAUAAUAAUUUAGUUCCUUCAAGUAGUAGUGGUAAUAUUAACAGUAAUGAAAACGUGGGACAAAGUGUCUCUGCCUCUUCUAUUAUUGCCGCGGCUGAAUCUGGUAAACUCAAAGGAAAAUAG